UGCUCGGAGAAACCAAACCGAUAAAUAAUUAUUUUUCAGCUCAACUUUUCACUCAUGUUGUUUAUAGUGGAAUUUUAUAAUUAUAAUACAGCACACUUAUGAAAAGGGAUAUAAUUACUACUAAACAUUAACUUGUAUUAAGAUGGACGUUGGAGAACUGCUUUCAUUUAAGCCCACGCCGACGCCUAAAAGACCUAAUGAAGAAGACAGCGGGGACUCUGACGACGAUGGCGCGAAGGCUUCAAAGAUGCGACGCUUGGGGACUAAACAAAGUAAUAAGUUAAUACCGUUGAGUACGACGUUGCCUAAGGAACCCACCAUUACUGAUAAAGAGAGAGACAUACUUCGAUUUGUUGAAACUGAAGUUACAGAGGGUGACAUUCUGGAUGAGACUGCAGUUAAGAAAUUAGUGCUGAACUUUGAGAAAACUCUUAGGAAAGAGAUGAGAAUAAAGUUUCCUGAUCAACCAGAGAAGUUCAUGGAUAGCGAAAUAGACUUACAUGAAGCACUUCAGGAACUAAGCGCCGUAGCCACAGUGCCAGACCAGUAUCCGUUGCUGGUAGAACUGAAGUGCAUCAACUCUCUAUUGGAAUUGUUGUCCCAUGAUAACACAGACAUUUCUACUAAAGUUGUCCACCUGCUGCAGGAAUUAACAGAUGUGGAUAUACUACAUGAGAGUGAGGAGGGUGCAGAUGAGCUGAUAAAUGCACUGGCUGAGGCUGAAGCACCCGCAUUGUUGUUACACAACCUUGCACGCCUUGACGAACAAGUGCCUGACGAGAGAGAUGCUGUACAUAACACACUUGGUAUAAUUGAAAACCUUACUGAAUUCAGAAUUGAAUUGAGUGCGGAAGUUGCUAAACAGGGUUUCAUGCAAUGGAUACUAAAAAGGCUGAAGUUGAAAGUGCCUUUUGAUGGCAACAAAUUGUAUGCCACAGAAAUUUUAUCAAUUCUAUUACAAAACACACCAGAGAAUAGGAAGUUACUAGGAGAGCUUGAUGGCAUUGAUGUUCUCUUACAACAGUUGGCGUUCUACAAACGCAACGACCCGGCGGGCGCGGAGGAGCAGGAGGCGAUGGAGAACAUGUUCGACUCGCUGUGCUGCGCGCUCAUGGAGCCCUCCAACCGCGACCGCUUCCUGCGCGGCGAGGGGCUGCAGCUUAUGAACCUUAUGCUCAGGGAAAAGAAAAUGUCACGGAAUGGUUCACUAAAAGUCCUCGACCACGCACUCGCGGGGCCCGAAGGCCGAGACAACUGUAACAAGUUCGUGGACAUCUUAGGGCUACGCACUGUCUUUCCGCUAUUCAUGAAGACGCCUAAACGUAAAAGGAUAUUAACAGUUGAUCAGCAUGAAGAACAUGUUGUAUCGAUAAUUGCGUCAAUGUUGCGCAAUUGCCAAGGCAGUCAGAGACAGCGAUUGUUGGCCAAGUUCACUGAAAACGACCUGGAGAAGGUAGAUAGGCUUCUAGAGUUACACUUCAAGUAUAUGGACAAAGUGGAUCGCACUGAAAAAGAAAUGGAGCAAGAAGGAGAAGAGUUGGAUGAUGACGCACAGUAUUUGAGGCGGUUGUCUGGCGGUCUCUUCACAUUGCAGCUCAUAGACAGAAUCAUUUUGGAGGUUUGUACUGCGGGCCCGUCAGCCAUCAAACAGCGUGUACAGCGCGUGCUGUCACUACGCGGUGGAUCACUCAAGAUCAUUCGACAUGUCAUGAGAGAGUACGCUGGCAACCUGGGCGAUGCCGGCAGCGAGGAUUGGCGUCAGCAGGAGCAGCAACAUAUAUUGCAACUUGUAGAUAAAUUCUAAAUACAAGCAAUGUCUUA